UAUAGCACCUUCCCUCACCCCCAGCAGAUAAAAGACUCCUCUCCUAGCCGGAGAGUCCUGUCUUCAGGACCCAGGCCCAGAGAAAAACAUUUUCUGAGAUGAAAAGAGAUGGCGAAGGAAGUGAGCUAGUGUUGCUAACAGGAACAGCUGAAGAGUGGAGGUUAAGGGAGCUGGAGAGCUUGGCUAGACGUGAGAAGUUUAGCAAGGAGUGGAAGCCCAGCAGUGAUGAGCUUCUGUGAACACGGGCAGCUCAUCGCAUCCUCGCCGCUGAAAUAAAACAGUGCUUUGUGAAACAGUUUGAGCUGAUGUCUCAGCUCUCAUAAAAUUGCUCAUCAAGUGAGAGAUAAAAUUUUAGUGGAAAUUGGAAAAACAAUUGUGUUGUAAUGAUAUGCACAUGAAGCCUAUGCCUGUACAGAAAACUGAUUUGGGUGAAAUCCAGAAAUCUCCAUAGUUAAGAACUUGAGGUUUUGUGAAGAACUAGAUUCUCAUCCAUCAAAUGGAUUAGGUAUCAGAGCAAAUUUGUAUUUGUUUUCCGAUGACUCAAGAACAAUAUGAAGGGUCUUCCCCACUGUUGAAUGUACUUUGCACAUGAUCAGGAGAACCAUCUUGGGCGUGGAUGAUUAAGGAAGAAGCCUCCAGUGCCUGGGAUUGGCUUCUAUCUUUCAGGCUCUCUGAAUACAAUUCCGUUGUCUUUUUUUACCCAUUCUAUAGCUCCUUUCCUACACUAAUACUGCAAACACAUUAUGGCAGAGUUACUAAAGGGUCUUUCCUGUGAAAGGGUCUUUCCUAUGAAGGGGUCUUCACAAAUGAAGAAAGGAGUCUUAAGGAGGGUUAGUAAUUGUUCCAAGUCACACAGCUAGUAAACUGCAGAGCCUGAAUUCUAACUACCACCGGGCUUGGUCUGGAAUCUGCCUCAACUGCUAAACACAAUGCCUUUCACACACCAACGGUAACUAGACUGAGGGGUGAGAAGCUAAGGACUGUGUCUCAGCUAUUAACACCCCUGCAUUGUGUGUGACAGGAGACUAGAGGCCUUCUUCUAGCCAACUUUCUGUUUCUCUCCUUCUCCAGCUCCAGAAAGAACGAACACUGCUAGUUCGAGUCCAUCUCCAUGGGAACAAGGAUUCUGAAGCCAUGCUGAGGCUGCUAAGGCUGUGGUCCCAGCUCCAUUCCUAUGGGCUGCCCUGGGUUAGCAGAGAUGAUCCGGGCUCCAGGGGCCAUGUCUUCCUCCCCCUUCAUCCCCGACCACCACCCAUAGUGGAAGGAAGUGGGAAGAACUCAGAUGCUCAUUCUCCUCUCAUUGCCAUUUCCAGUGGCCUUUUGAAGACAGAUGGAUUCCUAAAUAUACUCAGAACACAUUUUCUUACUGAGCUUGCUCCUAUGGGGCCUAGGAAACAAAAAAUAUUCAUGGUCAUUUGCCUUCAGGUAACUCAGUGUCGCCCCUGGCCUAAAGGGAAAGAAGGUAGUCGGUUUGUUGGAGACAGAUCACAACUUUUGUUCUGGUUUGAGGGAGCCAGGAAUUCAGAACAAGUGAACUGCAUCCAUUAUCUGGGCACCAGGAAGACAGGAAGAGGCUGUGACGGUGAUGGGGAGGACAAGCUCUGCACCACCCCACCCCGGCUCCUGGUCUCUCUGAUCCUGGAUUCUUUGGCUGCCACCAUCCAGAGUUCUAAAUGUCUGGUUUGUGUGUUCUGUAUCUCCGCUGUGGCUCCUCCCACCACCCACUUAUUGACUUCUAGAGAUGCAGCUCUGUGUAACUUUUUCUCAUUCUUGUGUCCCGCCUUUUUUGUGUUCUCUGCCGGACUAAACCACCACUUACCAAGUUUCACUGAGGCUCAUCGGUGCAGAAGCCUUACUCAGAUGUGUCCUACCUUUUGACAUUAAGACACGAUGUCACAAUGGACAUUCCAAUUACUAAAAACAGAUUUCAUUAUGUUUCAAAAUGUAAGUAAAGUUAUGGUUUUGUGUUAGGUUGCAUUCAUGCCUUGCUUGGGGUAUCUGUGCCCAGUGGGCUAAUGGCCACAGCAACCAACCAAGUUUUUAAACAGCCUCCUGAUCUUUCUAGGAAGCAAGAGACACAGGUUGGGGUGUGUAUGGCACAUGGUGGAUUUUCCACACCACAACAGAAAAGCAACAGACUUUGUUAUCUUGUUAAGGUGACACCAGUUACCUUGGGAAAAAAACUGUAUCCCAAAUGCAUACAAUAUAGGGAAAUAGUCAUAAGCCAGGCAUUGAGCUGGUGAUUCCUUGAGUGUAGCCACAGAGAAAUGUCCUCCCAGACAC